AUGGUGACUUUGAGUACUCCCUUCUCGAUGGUACAACAGAUGGCAACCAUGACUGAUCCGGUGGUCAGUACACUGUCAAAAGACUGUAUACAACAUGAUGAACAUGGAAGAGAAUCGUGCAAUCUACGCUCUUCCAAAAACAUGUACAAUGCGAAGGACCCAGAUUGUUCACCGUUGCCCGAGGAUCUUGCCUGCCAUUGGCUGGCCGGUCAUGUCAAGCAGCGUCUAACAGGAUGGAAUGAACAGCUAUCUUUACUCAAAAUGCUAUCAAAUUAG